AAUUUACAUGUAUUUGGGUGUUGUCCGCAAGGUGCGUUGCUCCAACGCCGACCGAAAUUUUGUAAUGAUCAAACAAAUUUUUAUUUGAAUUCUAAUACAACGACGAAUUAAUAUCUAGCUGCAUUAUUUCUAACUAUGAAGUUAUGAUGAUUAAUACGUUGUAUUAUUUCGUUGCGGUGCUGAGUUUAAGCUUAACAAGCGUCCGAUCAGAUUCAGUACGAUAUUAUUACGACUAUGAGUGUAAUGAACCUCUUUUAGAGACUGCUAAGUUGACAGCUACUUCUAGUUUAAGAGAAAGAGGACCAGAGAAUGCUCAGUUGUAUGGAACCUCAGCAUGGACGGCGAAAGAGAGCUCCUACUAUCAGCACUUGACGGUAAAAUUGGGCAAGCGCGUAGAAUUACGUGCGAUAGCCACCAGGGGGCGGUUUGCGACAAGCGAGUUCGUUUCGGAGUACAUGCUCCUGUACUCUGAUAACGGAGAGAGCUGGCGGGUCGUAUCUGACUCGGAUGGAUAUGAAAAGAUGUUUGGAGGCAACCACGAUGGCAAUACAAUAGUUAAAAAUGAAUUCGAAGUGCCUAUAAUUGCUCAAUACAUUAGGAUUAAUCCCAUGAGGUGGCGAGAUAAGAUCUCUAUGCGCGUGGAGUUGUACGGAUGUGAUUAUGUGGCCGAUACCCUUUAUUUUAAUGGAAGUUCCCUUGUGAAAGUGGAUUUACUCCGAGACCCGGUAUCAGCAUCACGUGAAACGGUGCGUUUCCGUUUUAAGACUAGUGUCGCCUCCGGGGCCCUGCUGUACUCCCGCGGUACUCAGGGCGACUACUUAGCCUUGCAGUUGAGGGAUAAUAGGCUUGUACUUAACAUUGAUCUAGGUUCAGGAUUAUUGACAUCCCUGUCCGUGGGCAGCCUCCUGGAUGAUAACAUAUGGCACGAUGUAGUAAUAUCUCGUAACCGAAGAGAUAUAAUUUUCUCGGUGGAUCGAGUGGUGGUGCAGGGACGAAUAAGGGGGGAGUUCUCUCGGCUCAACCUCAAUCGAGCGUUCUACAUAGGCGGUGUACCGAACUUCCAAGACGGUCUCGUCGUUAACCAGAACUUCACGGGCUGUGUUGAGAACAUGUAUUUGAACUCAACGAACAUCAUAUACGAACUGAAGCAAGGAUAUGAAACCGGAGAACCUUUUAAGUAUCAGAAAGUUAACACCCUGUAUAGCUGUCCGGAACCGCCCUUGGUCCCGGUGACGUUCCUGAAGGCUGGCUCGUACGCCAAACUUCGAGGCUACUCGGGCGGUAACACGUUGAACGUGUCUCUCGAGUUCAGGACUUACGAGUUGCACGGACUUCUCAUUUACCACAAGUUCAAAUCCGAUGGAUAUGUUAAGGUCUUCCUAGAAGAAGGUCUAGUGAAAGUUGAACUGUUCACUGAAGGUUCGCCCAAGGUAAAGCUCGACAACUAUGCUGAGGUCUUCAACGAUGGCCGCUGGCAUUCCCUGAUGCUGACCAUGGCUCCGGACACGCUGAUCCUCUCUCUCAACUAUAGACCCGUCAAAACUACCAAGAAACUCAAAUUCUUUACUGGAAGCAGUUAUUACAUCGCCGGAGGUAAGUCCGGCGUGCGCGGCUUCGUGGGCUGCAUGCGUCGCAUAGCCUUGGACGGCAACUACCGUCUUCCGACCGACUGGAAGCCCGAGGAGUAUUGCUGCCCCAACGAGGUCGUGUUUGAUGCCUGCCAUAUGAUUGACAGAUGUAACCCAAACCCGUGCGAGCACGGCGGGACGUGUACGCAGACUGCGGACGAGUUCACGUGCGACUGCACGGACACCGGAUACGCCGGAGCCGUGUGCCAUUCUUCAACCCACCCGCUGUCGUGCCAGGCGUACUCCAACGCGGCCGGCUUGACGAGGUCGGCCGACAUCAAGGUGGACGUGGACGGCUCCGGGCCCUUACCGGCCUUCCCCGUCACUUGCCACGCCUAUUCGGACGGUCGUAUAGUGACGGCCGUGAGCCACGCGGUGGCCAGCAGCAGCGUCGUGGACGGAUACCAGGAGCCCGGGAGCUUCAAACAGGACAUCGAGUAUGACGCGUCGCGAGCCCAACUCGAGGCCUUGUUGAACCGAUCUCAUACUUGCUCUCAGCGCUUGGACUACAUGUGCAGACAUUCGCGCCUGCUCAAUUCACCCAGCGAAGAAUCGAACUUCCACCCGUUCGCAUGGUGGGUGUCGCGCAGCGGUCAACGCAUGGACUAUUGGGCCGGGGCCCCUCCCGGGUCCCGCAUGUGCGCCUGUGGGGUCCUCGGGUCCUGCAAGGACCCUAGCAAGUGGUGCAACUGCGAUGCGGAAUAUCUGCUUGGGGAUAAAGACGAUUUCCAAAUGGAUGGCGGCGACAUAACCGAGAAGGAGUAUUUGCCGGUGAAGCAGUUGCGCUUCGGGGACACGGGCAGCCAUCUCGAUGAAAAGGAGGGGAGGUACACCCUCGGACCUCUCUUGUGCGAGGGAGACGACUUGUUCAACAACGAGAUAACAUUCCGAAUCUCCGACGCCGUGGUGAUGUUGCCGGCCUUUGAUUUGGGCCACAGCGGAGACAUCUACUUCGAAUUUAAGACCACGAAAGAGAACGCUGUGCUAUUGCACGCUAAGGGUCCCCAAGACUACAUAAAGCUGUCGAUAAUCGGCGGAGACCAGCUGCACUUCCAGUUCCAAGUGGGAGACACGCCCCUCGGCGUCUCCGUGGAGACCAGCUCGCGGCUGGCCGAUGACCACUGGCAUUCCGUGUCCAUCGAGAGGAAUAGGAAAGAAGCUCGGGUGGUCGUGGACGGGGCGCUGAAGAACGAGAUUCGAACAGCUAAAGAACCCGUGAGGGCCCUACACCUCACCACGGCCCUCGUGCUGGGCGCGACGUUGGAGCGGAAGGACGGCUUCGUCGGCUGCAUGAGGGCCCUGCUCCUCAGCGGGAAACCGGUCGACCUCAGAUCCUAUGCCAGGCGAGGACUGUACGGAGUGUCGGAGGGCUGCGUGGGCAAGUGCCAGUCUUCUCCCUGCCUCAACAACGGAACUUGUCUCGAGAGAUACGACACCUACUCCUGCGACUGCCGCUGGACCGCCUUCAAGGGCCCGAUUUGUGCCGACGAAAUCGGAGUGAACCUUCGCCCCAAUCUGAUGGUGAAAUACGAUUUCCUCGGCUCGUGGCGAUCCACCAUCAGCGAGAAGAUCCGCGUCGGUUUCACCACCACCAACCCCAAGGGAUUCUUGCUCGGGUUCUACUCCAACAUUUCCGCCGAGUACCUCACGCUCAUGGUGUCGAACUCUGGUCACUUGCGUGUGGUGUUCGACUUCGGUUUCGAGCGUCAAGAGAUAAUAUUCCAAGGGAAGCACUUCGGGCUGGGCCAGUACCACGACGUGCGUCUCUCCAGGAAGAACAGCGGCGCCACUAUGGUCCUGCAGGUGGACAACUACGAGACCCAGGAGUACCACUUCAACAUUCGCGAAAGUGCGGACGCGCAGUUCAACAACAUCCAGUACAUGUACAUGGGCCGCAACGAAACCAUGAACGAAGGCUUCGCCGGAUGCGUCAGUCGCGUGGAGUUCGACGACAUCUACCCUCUGAAGCUGCUCUUCCAGCAGGACCCGCCCGCCAACGUCCGAGCCAUCGGCGGAAUCCUUCACGAAGACUUCUGCGGCGUCGAACCCGUGACCCAUCCCCCGGAGCCCAUCGAGACUCGACCUCCUCCUCUGGUCGACAACACCGCCGACGAUCUCCAUCGCACCGACGAAGCCAUACUUGCGACCGUGCUGGCCUUCAUAUUCCUGCUGCUCAUCGCCGUGGCCAUAGUGUUGGUGCGUGCGCUGUCACGCCACAAGGGAGAAUACCUCACGCAGGAGGAACGCGGAGCGGAAGGAGCGGCAGACCCCGACUCGGCAGCUCUCGCGGCCGCCACCGGGCCGAGGGUCACCAAGCGAAGGGAGUUCUUCAUCUAGACGCGUCAUCAGCUUUCAUUCCAUUUAUUUCUUACCUUAGUUUAUUAAAUAUCGUAGACUUAUUCUGACGCAUCAGUUAAAUUGUCAUGUCGAUGCCCGAUUCAUAAAUGUACUGUAUGUACGAACAAAGAUAUCUCUUUAAUAUUUCCCAAUUCAAAGUCGUUAACAAAAUCUUCGGUAGUGAUGUCAUUAGCACAAAGCGAUUUCUACUUGAUUCUUCUCCCAGUAAGUGCCAUUUGGCUAUUCCCUGUACAAUAUUUAACAAAAACUAUGUAAUUUUUUUGAAUAGAUACAAAUUAAGACACUAGAGAGAGAAUAAUUUGAAUUCGCUAAGAAUUUGUUUCUGCUGUAAGAGAUGAACUUAUCUAAGCACCUCGAAUGGCGAACAUAGCUUUCGGCAGCUUUAGCUUUUAGUAUAUUUUUAUAAUCUCAUGUAAAUUAGAUUAUUUUUUAGUUUUGUCGAGCUUUUCGUUUAUUUUUCCGUCCAAAAAAUGUCAAAACGCUACUUAAUUGUAUAAACGCGAUUUAUGUUUGGAAAUGCAAAAACAAAAUAUUGUGUAAUUUAUUUUAUUGUAUUUCGUGUGUGUGAAGGUAGGAGCCGUAGUAGCGGAUCGAAUCUCAUUUAUUAUUGUAUUACUAUUUGUAAUUAAAAGACUUCUGUAUCGUACAAAUGUAUUUUUUGUAAAUUGCACAGACUAAACAAUAACUGAGGGUUAAUUUUUAAUCUAUAGUUUGCAAAACAAUUUCAGCUGUUUACUGGCUGUCACUGAUAAAAAUAUUACUACGAGUAAAAUGAUCUAAUAUAAAUUAUAAAUUAACCUUUGAGUAUUGUUUUAAUUAGUUUAGAUUUGUAUAAUGUUUGAGCAUUACAUUAUUUCCACAGACAAUACUUUAUAAAUCGCUAUCUUCUAAGUGAAGAAUAAUGAUCUGUUAAAAUAAAUUUAACCAUUGAACUAAUGUUGAAGCGAGCAGGUUUCUUGACUUCCGUAAUCUUUUUUAUCCAAAUAAAAUAUUUAAUGAAUAAUUUUUAGCUUUUUUAUAUAUAGUAUGCUAUUGUCUGUGGAUGACGUCACAUAAGGGUGCCUUAAAGUUUGGCACAGAGAUCACUUAGCGUAGACUAGAGUUUUUAUUUUACUAUGAAAUCACAAAUAAAUGCCCAAAUAUCAUAA